AUGGCUGAGCCUAACGAGGUAAGGAAUGCCCACUUGGCCUCCAAAUCUAUUCCACAAAGAAGAAAACCGCGCAAACUAAGACAUAAACGACCGGUAUCUCAUGGUCUCGACGAGGAAAUAGAGAAAGAAGCAAUUGUUGAUACGCCAGCCAGUCAAAGAGAAACUGUCGUUUUUAAGACGUCGGAGGACCAAUCGAACUUUGAGGACGCGUUGGAAGAAGACUCUUCAGUCAUCGAGGCUCAACUCCAACCGGUCCCUGAACGACAACGUCAGACUAAUCGGUAUAAGCCUUUUCGCGACGAGGAGGAAGGCGACGUGGCAGAGGGUGGAGGUGCUCCAGCUACUGCUGAACGCCAGAGACUGAGACGCGGCCGACACGGCGACAGAACGCUCAUUCAGUCAAACAUCAUCGAUGGUGCUGGGAGAACAGUCGGCGAGUCCCAAGAUUUGGUGCUCAAUAGAGCUGAGGGCGUGGUGGGAAGGGUUACAGAUACCAGUGGACGAGUUCUCGGCCAGCCGUCAGAGCAAAGUGACCAGCCAAAGAAGGAGAAGGAUGAACCGUUGAAAUUGCGGUUGGACUUAAAUCUGGACUUGGAGGUUCAGCUGAAAGCGAAGAUCUCCGGAGACGUGACGCUCACGUUGUUGUUAGUAUACGCCCUGUCCUACAAUGAAGUCGGGUAUUCAUUGCGACUGAUUAAAAGGAAAUAG